AUGGGAGUUCAUUCGCUCCCCGAGUCCCGAGUGCUGGAAGGAAAGCUCUUAAGAUACCAGAACGGAGCGACGGACGGCUCCGAAUCCACAGUGAAAAAAGCACAGCUCCGGCGCAGCUGCGUCCAGAGCAGAACUGCAGAACAGGGAACCCGGUGCUGUGGAUGCCGUGGACACUUCGGAUGCCCAGAAGCUCGGCCCAUCGACGUGGAGGACGAGAGCAAAGAUGACCUGCUGGAGGAGUUGGCCAAGCUCUUAAAUACCUGGUCAGAACGUUUGGUGCGUUUACCGCAAGCCACAGAGAUCGAGGUGCUCUCGUUUAAGGGCGAUGCAGUGGAGGGGGUCGAGACGGUGACCAGUGCCAUCGACGCAUGCCACCGCAGCAUCUACCGAUGUCGGCACUUAGGCGUGGUGUCUGCCGAGGAGCUGGCCGUGCUCAGCCGAUCCUCCAUGUUCCUACAGGUGGAGCUGGCAUUUACCACGCUAGCCGACCUCGAGGAGCAUCUCACCGACACGGGAGUACUCUCCUUGGUGGACUUGCCCAGUCCAGAGCACAGCCUUUGGGCUUCGCAGGACGUCUCAGCACUGUACCGCUCGACGCUCCGGGGCGCUGAUGGUGUGCUGGUAGUCAUCGAUGCUUCGAAGCACGAAGUCCCGCAAUGGGUGUGCAAUAUGUUGCGCGAUAUCUUCAAGCAGGACGAGGAGAUGUCAUUCGAGGAGCGGAGCGCUUUGCGACGAGCAGACACUUGGAUCGUGGCCAACCGCAUGGACCAGCUGCCAGAGUUCUUCUGCAAGGAGGGCAAAGAGUUCUCCAAGAAGGUCAUGGAACGGCAGCACGAAAAUUACAAGGACAUUAUCGUGGAUCAGGAGCAUGUGAUACCCAUUGCUGCGCGGCUCUCGUCAUUAGCCAUCUAUGGCAAAGAGAAGAUUCAAGAGACCCUCUCUGCGCAAUUGCUUUCACGCUUGGAGCGGCAAGCCUGGUUCGCGCAAGCGUGUGCCCUGUUGUUCGGCAUUCGCUGGAUCGAACAGGUGAAGGACGUGGACCAGACCCGCUGGCGUUCCUCCAUGCGAGAACUCAUGCUGCUGGGUCAGGUCACAGGUCCUUUGGCGAACAGCGUCUUGAAGACGGCCUAUGUGAAGAUGUUGCCCCGUUCGGUCACCCGCGCCAUGCAAGAGCUGUCGCAGCUGACCAUGCCCCCCGAUCGAGGGACGGACGGAGCGAGUUUGAGAUCGAGGUCAUGGACGGAGGUCAGCUGA